AUGACCUUCAAUUAUUUAGGAGUUGAAGUGACUAGAGAACGGGAUUCAAAUAGAAAAGUGAGGGAACAAGCCAGUACAGGCGUUGCAAUGUUAGGAUACUUACGUGAUGUAAUAUGGAACCAAUGUAGCCAACUGCCAAAUACUGGCCCUUGUCUGUCUUUUUUACCUCGAUAUUUUUAUAAUACAGGCACAAAUAAUUGUGAAAGAUUUAUUUUCGGAGGCUGCCAAGGUAAUGACAAUAAUUUUAUGACAUAUGAUGAGUGUAUGAGUACGUGUUCAGGAUUUUGUCUAAUACAUAAAGGUGAUAACACGGAAUUCGUUUCUGUAAUCAUGCAUUUUUUUUCAAUUAUUUUUGCUUUCAUUUCACUGAUUCUUACAAAUUUGGUGAACGGCAACGUAGCUCCCGAAUGCUAUCUGCCAUUAACAACUGGAAUGUGUAAAGGAAACUUCUCUAGAUACUUUUAUAACGUGGCAACACAUGACUGUGAAGAAUUUAUUUAUGGAGGCUGCGCAGGUAAUGGAAAUAAUUUCAACACAUAUGAGGAAUGUAUGAACGUAUGCUCAGGAUGA